CGAAGCAAACAGUGCACCGAACACGGCGGAUCAUCAGUCGUGAAAUUGUUCGAGGCGCGUGGCCGAGCGCGACGUGCCCGCCUCUUCGAUGAGAAAAGGAGAUAUUAUUAAUAUAUUCUCACGUUGAUCCUCUCCUCAGUUUCGCUUUGCACCGCGUGUGUCCGCGUUUUAAAGCGACAGUUUUACCCGUGAAUGUGUCCCCUUCCUCCUCGUCGGGGAGAAAACGUGCGUUUCCUUGGUGGUAUUAAUUGUGUGUCUUUUCGCGCGCUGUGUGUGUUCUUGUUUUCUUCGAAUUUCGAUGUGCGAAACGUGACAGUUUGCGCGAGGAAGCACGCAAUCUGUAAAUUUGUGUAAACGAUCUCACGCUUCUGAACGCGUUCGCGUUUCUGUGAAUCACGAGCGGAGCGGAGACUUGUGUGCGCUUACAUAAAUAACGACGGAGAACCGACUAGCCGCGAGUUCUAUCAAUUAUUUGGCUGCGUUUCAAGAAGCGCAAUUUCUUUCAAAACGGGCCAAUGACCGGUGAGAUAUCGCGAAAUUCAUAAAUGAUAAAAUGCAACAUCGCCGGUAGUCACAAUUGAAUUCACAUCAAAUUGUGAAACGUUUCCUCGGUGAUAAAAGGAAGUGGUGGAUUAUCGAGAUGAGCGGAAUGAAGAAGGCGAUCGGUGGAUCCAUUCACAGAAUACGCGAGUUCGAGCUCGAGAAGGUAAAUCUGAUAGACGAGUUCGACAUCCUGCAGAUCGUCGGCGAGGGAUGGUUCGGCAAGAUCUUGCUGACGGAGCAUCGCAGCACGCAAACCGAGAUGGUGUUGAAGGCGCUACCGAAGGCGUACACCGGCAUUUCCGACUUCUUUCGAGAAUUUCAUUAUGGGUUACAUCUGUCGGCGCACAGGAAUAUCAUAACCACUUACGACGUGGCAUUCGAGACGGCCGGCUUUUACGUUUUCAGUCAGGAAUACGCUCCGCUCGGCGAUCUCACGUCGAACGUGACAGAGACAGGGCUGGGCGAGCUUCACGCGAAGAGGGUGGCCAGACAGCUCGCUGCCGCGGUGCAUCACAUACACAGCCGCGAGCUGGUGCACCGCGAUAUCAAGCUCGACAACAUACUCGUUUUUCGCAGCGAUUUCUCACGUAUCAAGCUCUGCGACUUCGGUGAGACCAGGCGGGUCAACACCGUCGUGCGAAGGCACAACGAGUGGCUGCCAUAUUCGCCGCCCGAGGUACUGCAGAUCGACACUGACGAGACGUACAAAGCUCGCACGUCGCACGAUGUCUGGCAAUUCGGCAUUGUCCUAUUUGUUUGCCUGACCGGAUGCCUGCCGUGGCAAAAAGCGGCAUUGGAUGAUCCGCGCUAUACAAGAUAUCAAAACUGGCACAACGCGACGCUCAACAUCGCCAAGAAACCGAAAUUAUUUCAGCUGAUCAGCUCACGGGCGCAGAGAUUGUUUAAGAGAUUGCUGGACCCAAAAGCUGAAAAGCGGCCGAUUAGCGUCUUGGAGAUAAAUAAAUAUUUGGAGGACAGAUGGUUGGCGAAACUCGGAGCCGAAAAAGCAUUGAACGGCGGCGCCGACGAGAGAGACGAGCUCUGUCCAUCUAUGUAUAGCUUCCAUAGUUCCUUGGAAGAAAAGAAUCAACUCCUCCACACGCUCACGACGUAUGGCAUCGAGACGACGGUGGAUCAUUCGAAGAAAAAGGAUCGCAUCAGGGAGUGGAUACAAGCCAGCGCGAUCGUCGAGGAGACCGAGGGAGACGAGUCGGAUAUAUACGAGGACUCGGAAUUCUAUGAAGAUGAGGAUGGGGAUAACGACGGGAACGAGAGUGAAGAGGCAGAGCCGGUCUCCAUGAGAGGCAGGCAUUUCCCGGAGAGGCGUCCGAGCGCCACGACGAACGAUCUUAGAAAGAGAAGAGGCAGCAGGGUCGCGCCGGCCCGAAAAGCCGCAUCGAAAAACAAAGUGGCCGUAAAGCCCGUCGAAAGGAAAAUACCCUUUGCCCCUCAAGUGGCCGAGGAGCGAAAAACGAUCGCGCGCUUCGCCAGUUUCCCCAACGGCGAUCCGAGUCUUGCCGCUAUGAAAAAUGGCAGCGAUCAGACCCGCGAUCUCACUACGACCAAUGUUACCUCCGACGUAUCGUCAACGACGAACAAUUUACCUCCCGGCGAUCUUCGAUCUUCCGUGCUCAAUGCGAAUGGCCGAAAUGUCAGGAAUUCCGCGAAAACUAACGUUGAUAGUCCUCGUGAUGAAUUAUCGGUCACCGCGGUCACUACUUCCUCAGCUAAACAGUCACCUCCGAAAAUUAUGUCGGGCAAUGCGGAUGCAGUUAAAGCAAGAGCUGAAAGCAGAAUACCGAUGAGCCCGCAAAUCCCAGCCAGGAAGAAUCGCGCUCACACCGCGCCAUUUCGUGACGCGCGGUCGGCCGAGAAUCGAAAUGGAGAAUCGGCGAGAAGGGCACAAUCCGCGACAAUUUUGCCAACACCGGAAAUCAAUGAGGGCCCAUCUCCGCCAACGAAGACAUCAACGAGAACGUCGCCGCAUCCGAUGACAUUUCGAGCGGACAGUAUAUCCGUCGCAACGUCAUCGACUCCGCGAACGACUAGAUCAGCCGCUCCGGUCGUUCGGAAUGAUAGAGCAUCCUCGAUAACAAGUAAUGCCGAGCCCCAACAUCCGAAUAGCGUUCUCCCUAGUCGAGUUGAAGGUUCGCCGCCGAAUGUGACGCAAAUUACGACGCCGACAAACGCUCUCGCUAUGUCAAGCGCCUCUCACUUGGCAAUACAGAGCUUCAACGCUCUGCAGAAUAUCGUGGGCGCAUCCUUAUCACCCUCGCCAGCGAAUUCAUUGCCGAAUGUAAAUAAAUCUGGUCAACAGGUCGAGGAGAUGACCGUGACUUACGGCAAAGACGCAUAUGAACACUAUGGCAUUGCUCAAGGUGCCUUACUACCAAUGAGACUGAAUAUCGUCAGGCAAGAUUCCACUGGUAGCGGUAAUCGAUCUGCGAGCAAUUGAGAUAUAAACGAAAAAUAAUCGGAUUAUUGUUGAAGUCGCUCGUAGCUGUAUGUAUUCAUGCAAAUUAAUUGCGAUAAAACUGAUGGAAUAUUAUUAGUAUACUCGGAGAUAUUUCGCAGGAAGUAUGUUUCCUGAAGAGAUUCAACGCGAAUGAAUAAAAGGAGAAGAAAAUAUUUCAAGCAACAUUAAAUAUGCAUACUUGUACAAUAAUUUCCAUCUAAUAACGUUGAUAUCGUUAUGAAUCGUUGCUUCAGAAAUUGCCAAGAAUUUUGUCGGAACGCGUUAAUAUAAGAUACUACGCGAUGUUCAGGUAAAAUAUAAAGCUGUUACGAAAAUAACAUUAUAAUAGAAUCGCGCGCUGUAUACAGACGAGAACAUCACGUUAUGUGCAUCAUACUUCAUUAGUUUCAAGGGAUACUUGUAUUGCCACGUGUCGCUCGCUUCAUCAAGCAUAACGGGAUAAAAUCAGCGUGACGUCUCGAAAGAGAUGCAAGCCGUGCAAGCCGAAGCCUUCUAUCGUUUUCGAUGGUAUAUAGAAAGAGAUGAAGAAAUCUUAUCGACGCUAGUAUUUUUUUAGCAGUUCCAUUCUUUUAAUGUGAAUCCUGAUAUUUACGAUGUUCGGAUAUCUUUCUUUGGGAGCAGCAUAUAAAGGAAGAUUUGAUUCGCGGAAUGUGAAUUAAUUAAAUAUAUGUAUAUGUGCUUUUUGUGAUAGUAGAGAUCAUAUAAUGUACCAUUGAAAACAAGCUUAAUAAAUUAAAUAUUUAAUAUUGGAA